AAUGUAAAAUCCUGUGUCAAUUGUCAUUUCAAUUUUCGUCAUUAUUGGGGUUGUACAAAUAUUUCAUGGAAAAGUAAAAUAAAGUUAACUAUCGAUGAUCGAGCUUUUACGGUAUACAAACAGACUUUGUGAACGUAGUUGACAAAGCCUUAAUAUCUUAAAUAUUAUUCGUAAUCAUGACUACUCCUAAUAAUGUUCCGCACGUCGAUCGUGAGCUCGAUUUGUCAAAUACUGGUAGAGGUGUUUGGCUUGUAAAAGUACCAAAAUAUAUCGCCACAAAAUGGGACAAAGCCCCUGGGGACAUAGAAGUAGGGAAAUUGAAAAUUUCUCGAGUAGCUGGACAACGACCUCAAGUUCAGUUGUCGUUGUCUGAGGCAGUUCUAUGCCUAAAAGAUGCAGGAGAACAAAAUAUACCAAAGGAGCAUCGUCUAGAUGUUUCUAAUGUGACAAGGCAAUCUUUAGGUGUCUUUUCCCAUAUAGUGCCUACAAAUACAGAUUCAGUGGUUCCAGAAUCUGAAAAAUUGUUCAUGGAGGGAAGGAUUGUUCAAAAGCUAGAGUGUAGGCCAUAUGCGGACUCAAUAUACUACAAACUCAAAUCAGAGUCAAUUAGAAAAGCAUCCAUGCCACAAAGACAAGUACAACAGUUAGAAAGAAUAGUACAAAACUUUAAGCCUGUUUCGGAUCAUAAACACAAUAUUGAAUACCAAGAGAGAAAGAAGGCAGAAGGCAAGAAAGCUCGAGAUGACAAAGAAGCUGUCCUUAAUGUGUUAUUUGCUGCUUUUGAAAAGCAUCAGUAUUAUAAUAUAAAGGACUUGCAAAAGAUAACGAGACAACCCAUUGUAUAUUUAAAGGAAAUUUUAAAAGAAGUAUGCAAUUACAACUUGAAAAAUCCUCACAAGAAUAUGUGGGAAUUGAAACCUGAAUAUAGACAUUACAAACAAGAGGUACCAGUUGAGCCGAAGGAAGACAAAAAUAGCUCUGAUAGUGACUAAUAAUGAUUAAGCCUUAAAUAAUUCCAUCCUCAUUUUUUAUUGUCUAAGUGAUUUGUUGACAUUGUUUUAUAAAGAACUGAAAUAAAUCUGUUAAUUUUAAGUCAUAACAUUUUC